AUGGUGCUAAGGGAGAAGCAGGUGCCCCAGGUGUUAAGGGUGAGAGUGGCUCACCUGGUGAGAAUGGUUCUCCGGGCCCCAUGGGUCCCCGUGGUCUGCCUGGUGAAAGAGGACGGACUGGCCCUGCCGGUGCUGCGGGUCCUGUUGGUCCUGCUGGUGGUCCUGGCUUCCCCGGUGCUCCCGGUGCCAAGGGUGAAGCUGGCCCCACUGGGGCUCGUGGUCCUGAAGGCGCUCAAGGUCCCCGAGGUGAACCUGGUACUCCUGGCUCCCCUGGGCCUGCUGGGUAACCCUGGAACUGAUGGAAUUCCUGGAGCCAAAGGAUCUGCUGGUGCUCCUGGGAUUGCUGGCGCUCCUGGCUUCCCUGGGCCCCGUGGUCCUCCUGGCCCUCAAGGUGCUACUGGUCCUCUGGGCCCUAAAGGUCAGACGGGUGAACCUGGUAUUGCUGGCUUCAAAGGUGAACAAGGCCCCAAGGGAGAGCCUGGCCCUGCUGGCCCCCAGGGAGCCCCUGGCCCUGCUGGUGAAGAAGGCAAAAGAGGUGCUCGUGGAGAGCCUGGUGGUGCUGGGCCUGUUGGUCCCCCUGGAGAAAGAGGAGCUCCUGGCAACCGUGGUUUCCCAGGUCAAGAUGGUCUGGCAGGUCCCAAGGGAGCCCCUGGAGAGCGAGGGCCUAGCGGCCUUGCUGGUCCCAAGGGAGCCAAUGGUGACCCUGGCCGUCCUGGAGAACCUGGCCUUCCUGGAGCCCGGGGUCUCACUGGUCGGCCUGGUGAUGCUGGUCCUCAAGGCAAAGUUGGUCCUUCUGGAGCUCCUGGUGAAGAUGGUCGCCCUGGUCCUCCAGGUCCUCAGGGUGCUCGUGGGCAGCCCGGUGUCAUGGGUUUCCCUGGCCCCAAAGGUGCCAAUGGUGAACCUGGCAAAGCUGGUGAGAAGGGACUGCCUGGUGCUCCUGGUCUGAGAGGUCUUCCUGGUAAAGAUGGUGAGACAGGUGCUGCAGGUCCCCCCGGACCCACCGGACCUGCUGGAGAACGAGGAGAGCAGGGUGCUCCUGGGCCAUCUGGGUUCCAGGGACUUCCUGGCCCUCCUGGUCCCCCAGGUGAAGGUGGAAAACCAGGUGACCAGGGUGUUCCUGGUGAGGCUGGUGCUCCUGGCCUUGUGGGCCCCAGGGGUGAAAGAGGUUUCCCAGGUGAACGUGGCUCUCCUGGGUCCCAGGGCCUUCAGGGUGCUCGUGGCCUCCCUGGCACUCCUGGCACUGACGGUCCCAAAGGUGCUUCUGGCCCAGCUGGCCCCCCUGGGGCUCAGGGCCCUCCAGGUCUGCAGGGAAUGCCUGGUGAGAGGGGAGCAGCUGGUAUUGCUGGGCCCAAGGGAGACAGGGGUGAUGUUGGUGAGAAAGGCCCCGAGGGAGCCCCUGGGAAAGACGGUGGACGAGGCCUGACUGGUCCCAUUGGUCCCCCUGGCCCGGCUGGUGCCAAUGGUGAGAAGGGAGAAGUUGGACCUCCUGGUCCUGCAGGAACUGCUGGUGCUCGAGGCGCCCCGGGUGAACGUGGAGAGACUGGACCCCCUGGGCCUGCUGGAUUCGCUGGUCCUCCUGGUGCUGAUGGCCAACCUGGUGCCAAGGGUGAGCAAGGAGAGGCUGGCCAGAAAGGAGAUGCUGGCGCCCCUGGUCCUCAGGGCCCCUCAGGAGCUCCUGGACCACAGGGUCCUACUGGAGUGACUGGUCCUAAAGGAGCCCGAGGUGCUCAAGGCCCUCCGGGAGCCACUGGAUUCCCCGGAGCUGCUGGCCGUGUUGGACCCCCGGGCUCCAAUGGUAACCCCGGCCCCCCCGGCCCCCCUGGUCCUGCUGGAAAAGAUGGUCCCAAAGGUGCUCGAGGAGACAGUGGUCCCCCUGGCCGAGCUGGCGACCCUGGCCUCCAAGGUCCUGCUGGAGCCCCUGGCGAAAAGGGAGAGCCUGGAGAGGAUGGUCCCUCUGGUCCUGAUGGUCCUCCAGGUCCCCAGGGUCUGGCUGGGCAGAGAGGCAUCGUCGGUCUGCCUGGGCAGCGUGGUGAGAGAGGAUUCCCCGGCUUGCCUGGCCCAUCGGGCGAGCCUGGCAAGCAGGGAGCUCCUGGCUCAUCUGGAGACCGAGGUCCCCCUGGCCCCGUGGGUCCUCCUGGCCUGACUGGUCCUGCUGGCGAGCCUGGACGAGAGGGAAGCCCAGGUGCUGACGGCCCCCCUGGAAGAGAUGGUGCCGCUGGAGUCAAGGGUGAUCGUGGUGAGGCUGGUCCUGUUGGUGCUUCUGGAGCCCCCGGACCCCCUGGCUCACCUGGCCCAGCCGGCCCAACUGGCAAGCAGGGAGACAGAGGAGAAGCUGGUGCACAAGGUCCCAUGGGACCUGCUGGACCAGCUGGAGCCCGAGGAAUAGCAGGCCCUCAAGGCCCCCGAGGUGACAAAGGAGAAGCUGGAGAGCCUGGAGAGAGGGGACUGAAGGGACACCGUGGUUUCACUGGUCUGCAGGGUCUGCCUGGCCCUCCUGGUCCUUCUGGAGACCAAGGUGCUUCUGGUCCUGCUGGUCCUUCUGGUCCUAGAGGUCCUCCUGGCCCUGUUGGUCCCUCUGGCAAAGAUGGCGCUAAUGGAAUCCCUGGCCCUAUUGGACCUCCUGGUCCCCGUGGACGUUCAGGAGAAACCGGCCCCGCUGGUCCUCCUGGAAAUCCUGGACCCCCUGGCCCUCCAGGUCCCCCAGGCCCCGGCAUUGACAUGUCCGCCUUUGCUGGCCUAGGCCAGAGAGAGAAAGGCCCUGACCCCCUGCAGUACAUGAGGGCUGACGAGGCAGGUGACAACCUAAGACAGCAUGACGUUGAGGUGGAUGCCACACUGAAGUCCCUCAACAACCAGAUUGAGAGCAUCCGCAGCCCCGAGGGCUCCCGCAAGAACCCCGCUCGCACCUGCCGCGACCUGAAACUCUGCCACCCCGAGUGGAAGAGCGGAGACUACUGGAUUGACCCCAACCAAGGCUGCACCUUGGAUGCCAUGAAGGUCUUCUGCAACUUGGAGACUGGCGAGACCUGUGUCUACCCCAACCCGGCAAGCGUUCCCAAGAAGAACUGGUGGAGCAGCAAGGGCAAGGAAAGGAAACAUAUCUGGUUUGGAGAAACCAUCAAUGGAGGCUUCCAUUUCAGCUAUGGAGAUGACAACCUGGCUCCUAACACUGCCAACGUUCAGAUGACCUUCCUACGCCUGUUGUCCACUGAGGGCUCCCAGAACAUCACCUACCACUGCAAGAAUAGCAUUGCCUACAUGGAUGAAGCUGCUGGCAACCUCAAGAAGGCCUUACUCAUCCAGGGCUCCAACGAUGUUGAGAUUCGGGCUGAGGGCAACAGCAGAUUCACAUACAGUGCCCUGAAGGAUGGCUGCACGAAACACACCGGUAAGUGGGGCAAGACUGUCAUCGAGUACCGAUCACAGAAGACCUCUCGCCUGCCCAUCAUUGACAUUGCACCCAUGGACAUAGGAGGGCCCGAUCAGGAAUUUGGUGUGGACAUAGGGCCUGUCUGCUUCUUGUAAAAACCCCAACCCAGAAACAACACAAUCCAUUCCAAACUCAAAGGACCCACGUACUUUCCAAUCCCAGUCACUCUAGGACUCUGCACUGAAUGGCUGACCUGACCUGAUGUCCAUUCAUCCCAUCCUCUCACAUUUUGGACUUUUAUUCCUUCUGUUUCUAAGAGACCUGAACUGGGCAGACUGCAAAAUAAAAUCUCGGUGUUCUAUUUAUUUAUUGUCUUCCUGUAAGACCUUUGGGUCAAGGCAGAGGCAGGAAACUAACUGGUGUGAGUCAAACGCCCCCUGAGUGACUGCCCCCCAGCCCAGGCAAGAAGACCCCCUUCAGGUGCCGGGCGCAGGGACUGUGUGUGCCCUACACAAUGGUGCUAUUCUGUGUCA